AUUGUUUUAAAAAUUUGGAAUGAUAAACAAAUUUUUUAACAAUACAAAAUUCAUCGAGAAGGAACUUUGAAUAGGUUGAUGGCCAGCUAAUAAAAAGAUUAUUAAUCACUGAUGAAACAAAGUUUACUUGAUGUAAAAGUCGUUGAAAAUAUUUUUAUUAAAAAUUAUCUUACUAACCAAUGAAACAUAAGCAGAACAUGUUAUAGAGUAAGAAGACAGGCUUCAAGCUCCGCAGAGUACUAUUUACUUUAAUUAAACAGUAAACUCUUCAGCUUGCAAGCAGUAGUAAUAAUAUUUUUUAAUACAAUAAUUUUUUUGCUUAAGUGAUAUUGUAUUAUAUAUUAAUUUAUAUAAUAAUUGAAAAAACUUGAUAUAAGAUAAAUUGAUCAUUUUAAAGAUGACGUUUGAGUCUGGUAAAUCCCGACAAUUUCUCGCAGCAGUUGUUGUGAAUUUAUCAGCACUAUUACAUGGCUUGGCAAUUGGAUGGCCUUCACCAACAAUGCCUCGUCUCCAAAGUCCAGAAACACCUGUUGGAAACGAACCUUUGUCGGACUAUCAAGUUUCCUGGUUAAAUAGUGUCGUAUAUAUAGGAUCACUCACUGUCUUACCAAUUUGCAGAUAUGUAUCCGAAAAUUAUGGACGAAAAAGAGUUGGCUAUCUAAUAACAGUGCCUCUAAUGACCUGCUGGAUUCUCACUUUAUCAGCGACUAAUUUUUGGCACUUACUUGUUGCUCGCUACCUAGCUGGUGUCGGCGGGACAACAAGUCUCUUUUUAACACCUAUUUACGUGUCAGAGAUCUCCGGUGACAGUAUCAGAGGACAACUAGGAAGUAUCUUCAUGUUCUCACUUAAAUUUGGAAUUUUACUCGGUUAUAUUAUCGGUGCAUUUUUGUCGUAUCAUUUAUUCGCUGUGUGCGCACUUUUUAUGUGUUUUCUUUAUUUUUUGUGCUUCAAUUUUCUGCCAGAAACUCCCAUUUAUCUUCUAAGGAAUGAAAAAGAAGUUGCGAGCACCGAGUCUUUAAUGUGGUUGAAGAAUAAUGACACAACUGCAGUUGAACGUGAAUUAUCUCGGAUGAAAAUUUUUGUAGAAAAAAAUUAUAAUGCUAAAAAUACUGUAAGUUUGAAAGAUUUAUUCCGUGAUAAAGGCACUAUUAAAGCUUUUAUAAUUGCGAUGACACUAUUGUGCGGCCAACAAACUUGCGGAAUUAUGAUUGUUCUGGCAUACACGGCAAAAAUUUUCGAAAUGGCAGGAAGUACAUUGCAUCCAAACAUAUGCGCAAUUAUAAUUGGCUGUAUCCAAAUAAUAAGCUGCUGGUUGUCGAUACUGCUGAUGGAACGAGCUGGAAGAAAAACAUUGAUAUCAAUUUCAUGUAUAGGAAUUGUAAUAUGCAAUUGUAUUUUAGGAGUAUUUUUUUACCUCAAGUAUCACUCGUAUGACGUGUCCUCAGUAAAUUGGCUGCCUCUAAUAGCACUUUCAGCAUUUUCAAUAUUAUAUUGCCUUGGUAUGGGCCCAGCACCUUUUGUUGUUAUGUCCGAAAUAUUUAGCUCCGAUAUUUCUGCACUCGCUUCUUCCAUCGCUCUUCUUUUUAUGGGUCUGAUGGGUUUCAUUAAUAUGAAAACUUUUCCUUUUCUUGUUGAUUUAAUAGGAAUACACAGUAAUUUCUUCUUAUCUGCUUUGGUUGGUUUACUUACUCUUAUUGUAAUUACUUGCAUGUUACCAGAAACCAAAGGAAGAAGCUUACAAUUUAUUAUUCAUGAACUAAAUGGCAUAACUGAACAUUCGAGAGUCAGUAAAUCAAUUAAAGGAAAAAUUUCAAACCGAACAUUAAGUAAAAAAAAAGAAAUUAAAUAAUUAAAAAAUUUUUAAGAUUAUUAUUUUAUUUUAUAGUAAUUUAUUAAUAAAGAAAAUUUUUUAAAUAUCUUUAUAAAACAUUUUAUUUGUAAAUAAAACUAAUAGAACUAAAAGGACUCUUUGCUGACGACAAAUAUGCUUAUCUUCAUUUUAACCAUUCUCAAUUGAAUGAUGCAGCAAACAAACUUAUGUCUGAUGGUAAUGCGAUAAUUGACUGGGCAAAGGAAGUCGGUCUUGAAGUAAAUUUUCAUAAAACUAAAGUUAUGAUAUUAGGGAGUAAUAAAAAACUAAGAAAUCUGAACAACUGGGAUUUGCCUUAAAUUAUAAUUGAUGGUAAUAUUAUACCUUAUGUAAACUCAACCAAACAUUUGGACACACACCUAACUAAUAAUCUCU